AUGGCUUCGCUCCUCCGACUGGCGGUCAUAUUGCUGACCGUAGCCAGCGCGUCCCUCCUUCACACGACCACGGCGGACCUCCUGCUGAGGCCAGAGCGCGUGCCUCGCGCGCAGUUCCGCAUUCGCUGCAACUUCAGCCACGCUCUGCGGGAUGACCCCAUCGUCUUCCCUGGGCAGCCCGGCAAGUCUCACCUGCACGACUUCCUCGGCAGCACCAUCACCAAAGCCGACACCACUGAUGCCAGGGCGUUGGUGGGCAGCAAGACAACGUGCGGGCUGAAGGCGGACUCAGCAGCGUACUGGUUCCCGUCCAUGUUCAUGCGCACCAACCAGAAGGACGCCAAGGGCCAGUACAUCUACAAGCACUUAAAGCCCAACUGGACGCUCUUCUACUACCGCACGUCUGUCAAGAACCCGGAAACCAUCAUGCCCUUCCCGCGGGGCUUCCGGAUGCUCACAGGCAACCCAUUCGCAGGAUCUAAACAAGCUGACGACAUGGCGAACGUGGAAUGGUGGUGCGGCGCGCGCGGCAAGCACGGUAACGACUUUCCGCACCAGAAGUGUCCUGCGGGCGACCAGCUGAUUGGCAAGAUCAACUUCCCCGUGUGCUGGGACGGCAAGAACAUCGACAGCGCGGAUCACCGCAGCCACGUGGUGCACAUCCCGCUAAACACCACGUGCCCGUCGUCGCACCCCGUGCCGCUGCCGCGCAUCAGCAUCAAGGUGUACUACCCCGUCGACACGGACCUCGACCUCACGUGGCCCAAGAACGGCGUCAAGGGCAACCCCGCUGUCUACCUCUCCACCAUUCAGAGCGGCGGCACGGGCAGCCCUUUUGAGUACCACAGCGACUUUAUCAACGGGUGGGACCAAAAGCCUUCCAACUGCGCAAGCGCUGCUGUUGCAAUGGUGACUGCCACAAUCACCCCCCUCUUCGCGCAUGCGCCCGCGGCCCUGGUCAGAGUGUCCACCGCCUCGCCGCGAACUGGACUCAGAGCCUUGCCGUUCCUCCCGCGCCCGCGAGAUGUCACAAGGCGCAUCGUGCAAUCACGUGGGGCAGCCCGAUGUGCUGUUGCUGACGUGGCAAGAAGAGAGGAUGGGCAGAGCAACGAUCAACUGGGCGGGGAUCUGCCUCAGGCCGCCGAUCAGUCAGCGCAGCUGGCGGCGGAUCUGGCGGGCAACGGGUGGCGCAGCACGCGGCGCACGAAGCUGGUGUGCACCAUCGGGCCGGCGUGCUGCGGCUUCGAGCAGAUCGCGGCGCUGGCGGAGGGCGGCAUGAACGUGGCGCGCAUCAACAUGUGCCACGGCACGCACGCGUGGCACCGGCAGGUGAUGGCGGACAUCCGGCGGCUGAACGCGGAGCGCGGGUACAGCGUGGCGGUGAUGAUGGACACGGAGGGCAGCGAGAUCCACAUGAGCGACCUCCAGGGCGCGCCCUCCGCUAAAGUCGCGGAGGGCGACGUGUGGACGUUCACGGUGCGCAAGUUCCCUGACGGCAUGGCGCUGCCGCCCAACACCGUGCACGUCAACUAUGACGGCUUCAUUGACGACGUGAGGGAGGGCGACGAGGUGGUGGUGGACGGGGGCAUGGCGCGGCUGCAGGUGGCGGCGCGCAUGGGGCCCGACGUGGUGUGCAGCGUGCUGGACCCGGGGCUGCUGCUGCCACGCGCCAACCUCACCAUCUUCCGCAAUGGCCACCUCGUGCGCGCCACCAACGCCAUGCUGCCCACCAUCUCCUCCAAGGACUGGAUAGACAUAGACUUUGGAAUAGCGGAGGGGGUGGACUUCAUAGCCAUCUCCUUCGUGCGCUCACCUGAGGUCGUCACGCACCUCCGCAGCUACGUAAACGCGCGCUCUCCCUCCCGCCCCAUAGCGUUGAUAGCCAAGAUAGAGAGUGUGGAGGCGGUGGGGCGGCUGGAGGAGAUCAUAGCGGCGUCGGACGGGGCGAUGGUGGCGCGGGGCGACCUGGGCGCGCAGGUGCCGCUGGAGGACGUGCCGGGCGUGCAGCAGGACAUGGUGGACCUCUGCCGCGCCCUCAACAAGCCCGUCAUUGUGGCGUCGCAUCUCCUCGAGUCCAUGAUCGAGUUCCCCAUCCCCACCCGCGCUGAGGUGGCGGACACGGCGGAGGCGGUGCAUCAGCAGGCGGACGCGCUGAUGCUGUCGGGGGAGUCGGCCAUGGGGCAGUUCCCUCUUAAAGCCCUCGACGUGCUGCGCACCGUUGCAGAGCGCUUUGAGGCCAUCGAGGAGGGGCAGGGCGGAUACGAGGGGGGCCCCGGUGCGGCGGCCACGGACGGGCGCACGGCGGUGGAGCGCGUGGCGCUGCUGCCGGAGCUGUCGCACUCGCUGCGGGACCGCAUGUCCGAACAGAUCUGCGCAGCCGCUGCCCAGAUGGCCAUGCGUCUGGGGGCAAAAGCAAUAAUCGCCUUCACCCAGAGGGGCUACAUGGCGUCGUUGCUCUCGCGCUGCCGCCCCAACUGCCCCAUCUUUGCCGUCACGCCCUCCCAGGCGGUGAGGCAGCACAUGAGUGUGUACUGGGGCCUCGUGCCAUUCCGCCUCGACCUCUCAGACGACGCCGAGGGCAACAUGCGGCGCGCCUUCGCCGUGCUCAAGCGUGAGGUGUACGAGCGUGAGGUGUACGAGCAUGAGGUGUACGAGCGUGAGGUGUACGAGCGUGAGGUGUACGAGCGUGAGGUGUACAUGAUCCACGGGAUGACCCUGCCUUCACACUGCAGGUCUGAAUCUGCUGUGCCAAACGGGUUGCAGGGAUUGAGUCCAGCACUCUACGGUCCUUCCACUCCACCUCCCUCUCUGCCUUGCACUUCCCUCCCCUCCUCCCUGCUCUCUGCCACUCUUCGCCUCUCCCUCUCACAGCACCACGCCACUUCCCUCUCACAGCACCAUGCUGCUUCCCUCUCUCAGCCACUCCCCCACCCCUCUUGUACAACCCCUCGCGUCCCCCCCGCCCCAACCCGUUCCCCACCCCCCCAGGCGAGGGGCCUGGUGGCGGAGGGCGAUCUCAUCAUCGCCGUCUCUGAUGUGGCGGGUGGGCAGGAGGCCGUGGGGGCCAGGCAAAGCGUGCAGGUCCGCAAGGUGCUGUGA